AUCUCGUUGCUACGAAACUCUGUUGCUACGAAAGGGAAAAGCGCUACAUUCGGUUAAAUAGACUAAAAUUGCCGCGCGUCUUCCAACUUGGUUCCGUGGCCCAGUGUUUAGCACAUUUGACUCGUAAUGUGAAUGUAUUAGCGCCGGACAUGGCAGCCAAUUUGAAACUCGCAAUGUUUUUCAUCGCUUUUAUCGCUGGGUCUUGGAUGGGAAACCUCAAAGGCUGACUUGCCUUUGAAAACAUCUGUAUCAGUAAGCAAACUCAGUGGUUUUGUGAAGUAUUGUUCUUGCAGUUGUAAAGCAAAUGAACUUGGUAGAUGUUGCCAUGUGUCUGCCCUAUUGCUGUUUAUCAGCGAUUAUCUGGGAAAGCAUGGAUAUGAUGCAGUUGCACCAUCCACUUCAAAAGAUUGCCAGUGGAACAAAGGUAAAAAGAGGGCACGGAAUCCAAAGCCUUUACCACAGACAAAGUAUACAUCAACAUCCACAAAGAGAAGUAAGACUCAAGAAAUGUAUCAAUUCGACCCACGGCCUGCAAAAUACCAUCAGCGUGUUAAUUUUGAUGGUGUAAAUAAUUUUGUUUCAGAUCUAUCCUCUUAUAACCAUUCAAAGGGUCAAACGUCCAUGUGGGAAACUGUCUUCCACUAUUUGUAUUCAGAUUUUAUGUUAGAGAAAGACGACAUUGCAGUGUAUACUACAUUAAUUGAUCAAUUCGAAAAUAAUAUCAGUUCUGCAUUAAAAGAUCUGCUAAUCAGUGUGCCAGAUCCUAAAUGCUGUCAAGUACCCGGGACUGAAAAGCAAAGACAUUCGUCAGUAUGGUUCCAGGAAAGGUGGUUUCGAAUUACAGCUUCAACUUGCAAAGAAAUUGUUAAUUUGUCUUUGUUUGAAAACGAGGAUGGCUAUAAACAAAGAUUAUUCAACUGGCUAGAAAAUAAAUUUUGGUUCAAGAAGAGUUUAACGACCCCGGACAUGCUAUAUGGCAUCGAAGAAGAACCAAAAGCAAUUGCCUUAUACGAGAAAUGUCGAAAUGCUACUGUUAACGAAAGUGGCUUGUGGGUUCAUGCAGAUUUUCCAUACUUGGGAGCUUCACCCGAUGGAUUGAUCUUUGUCGAUGGUAAACUCGAUGGGAUAGUUGAAGUGAAGUGCUUGAAAAUAUUAAAGACCAGGACAGUAAAACAAUUACUCGAUGCAGCUUCAACUGAGCUAAAGGCAACAAUAAACCAGCAGUGUUUCAAAAUAAGUGACGAAAAGCUAGUUUUGCGCCCAACACAUGCACAUUAUUAUCAAGUCCAGUUGCAGCUUCUAAUCACAAAUGCUAAUUAUUGUGAUUUUGUCCUACAUUCUGGAGUUGGCGAUCCCCACAUAGAAAGAAUAAGGAAGGAUGAAAGAGUUCAGGGUGAAAUAAUCCAUCAUUGCUACAAAAUUUGGAAAACUGUGUUGGUACCAGAAUACUUUUUAAUGAAGGUUCCCAGAAAUUUAUGCCCAGUCAUUUUCAACUUUUAGCGUACAAUACUGACAAUCUUUGUAUACCAUUUAGCAUACACGUUUUUUUUAUAAGAAACUACACUCAUUUUUUUCUAUAAGAAACCCUGUUAUAAGAAACCGUAGCUUAUCCGCAGCUUAUCCUCACUCCUGCGCAGUUCCAAAAAACCCUGUGAACCCGAAUCGAAAUAGUCUUGGGCAAGACUCCUUAAAACCUGACUACUUAUAUAUGGGACUCUACUGUAUCGAAGUAGGGGGUACAAAGUUAUUGUGACCCCUUCUUGUUAAUUUAAGUCUUCCAUUAAUACCAAAUAUUUAUUUUUAAAUUAUAAAACAUAAAUUAUCACUUGCAUAGUAGAUCUUGAAAAUUUAACAGGCAACAGGACACAAAAAUCAAUUGGGAUGCAAUUGGCGCUAAUACUAAAGG